AUGGAGACAUUCGGAUCUCUCAAACGUCGGACCACCGACCUCAUGUCCCAGGCUCAGGGCCAAGUGGGCAAUAUUCCCAGGCCAAACCUGCCAAAUCUGCCGAGCAUGCCCAACAUGCCCAGCAUGCCAGCCAACUUUCCCAACUUGUCCGACCUCUCUUCCAGACUCCCCAAGAUGCCAGCCUUCGCCACGGGGGCUGCCCACACGGGAUUGCCUACCCAGAAGGCCACUUGGGAGCGAAUCGAUGUCCCUCCCAUGCCGCGAUCCUCCCACUCGAUCAAUGUCAUCGCCGGCAGCGCCUACAUCUUCGGCGGCGAGAUACGACCCCGCGAGCCUGUCGACAACGACAUGCACGUUAUUACCCUACCCUUUAGCAGCGCAGGCGCCGACUACUACGCCGUCAAGGCCAAGGCCGUGCCCAAGUCCGAAAUCCCGCAAGUUCCAACUGUCAUUGCCCCAAGCGAGGACGGCAACGACGACACGAGCAAAGAAAAGGACCUGUCCGAAGUGCCACUCAGCACCCCAGCCGAGGAGAAAGCGGAUGUCGUGACAGGCUCCGAGAACAUCAACGACGGCCCAGACCCUAGUAGCUCUAAGGGCAAGGAACCGGCCCACGCGGACUUCGACCGCUCGACCCUGGGCGACGUGCCCUCCCCGCGCGUGGGACAUGCCACAGCCGUCAUCGGGAACCGCAUUUUCCUGUUCGGCGGGCGUGGCGGGCCUGAGAUGGCGCCAUUGGAGGAGCACGGCCGCGUCUGGGUGUUUGACACCAAGACGCACCUGUGGAGCUACCUCGACCCCCUCCUCCCCGCCGCGGGGCCCAUAUCCCCUGCCUUCGCCGACAAGAGGCACCACUACCCCGCGGCAAGAAGCUAUCACUCGGCCGUGGGCAUCGACCAGCCGCGGGACUUCAACACGCGGGACACGAAGACCGCCACGUGGGCCGAGUGGGCACAAGGCGACUCCAACGUCGUGGGCACCCCACAGAGGCCAAUUGUCGGCAACGUCGCGAACAACAGCCGUGACGAGGACGACGACGGGUACGGGACGCUGAUCGUGCACGGCGGGUGCUUUGUCGAGGGCAGGGCCAACGACACCUGGGCCUUCGACGUGCGCUCGCGGGUGUGGCAGGAGCUGCCCUCUGCGCCGGGGAAGCCGCGCGGCGGGACGAGCCUCGGCGUCGCGGGCAGCCGGCUGUGGAGGUUCGGCGGCUUCAACGGCGAGGGCGAGGAGGGCGGCCAGCUCGACUACCUCGAGCUCGGCGUGGACUCGUUCGAGAACGUCAGCAGCGAGGCCGACGUCGUGCUCAGCGCCAGGGGCCAGUGGAAGAGCGUCUUCCCGGAGCUCGCGGACAGCCCCGCCGCGCCCCUGGUGGCGGCCGCCGAGGCCGAGGCCGCCGGCGAGGACGAGGCGGCUGUGCCUCUCAAGGCUGAGGCCGACCCGCGCUGGCCCGGCAACCGCAGCGUCGCCGGCAUGCAGACCGUGACGAUCGGCGGGGCCGGCGGCAGGGAGUACCUGAUUCUGAUGCUCGGCGAGCGAGACCCGAGCGAUGCCGGCCACGAGGCGGCGGGCAAGUUCUGGGAUGAUAUCUGGGCGUACGAGCUCCCCAAGGCCACCGCCGCGUCGUCCGUCAUGGGCAUAUUCAACAGGGGCAGGAGCGGCAGCAAGGGCCAGGAGAGGCCUGUCGAGGGCAAGUGGUUCCGCGUCGAAACCGAGGCAUACGACGACGAGGACGAUGCCGCAGCUCAGGGCCCCGGACCAAGGGGCUGGUUCGCCACAGCUCACAUGGGCGAGCUUGAGGAGAGAGGCAUUGUUAUCUGGGGUGGUUUGGACGGUGCGAAUAAGAGGUUGGGAGACGGCUGGAUUCUGAGGCUUGGUGCAGAGAAGAGGGAACCUUGA